AUGUCAAAACACAUAGGUCUCAUCGAAAAACUGGCAAAUGCUGCGGGCUACUUGUACCGUUAUCAGCUGACUCAGCUUCCACGAAGAAAAGUAUUGUGGAAAGAUUGUUGGCAUAAGGAAUUAAAACCACCAACGUUGGAAGAUUGGCCUACUAUAAAGAAAGAUUUCAAGCAAAUGAUGGAUGCCAUUACAAGCAGAUCAUAUAUUCAGUGGACCGUCAUGGAUACACUAGUGCGAACAUGUAUUGCAGUGGAAAUAAUUUGUUGGUUUUUUGUUGGUGAAGCUAUUGGACGUCGUUCGUUUGCUGGAUACAUUGUUCCAGCAAACUAUGUUGACAAAAAGCUGACCAACAUGAUGAAGCAUCACAAAGAUAACACUUGUGAUAUUCCUCCAAAAGCUUGA